AUGCCUCAAAAAGAGUUCGUCCCCAAGACUUAUCAAGAGUCUCCAACUGGGGCUCAAACCUCCUCCUCUGUAUAUCUCCGCUCGAGCCCCGAUGAGCGUUCCUUCGACUUCUCCUUCGAACCAAUUCGCGAGAACCUAUUUAGAGUCACCUUCUCGUCGCAAGACCACCCUCUCCCUCCCUUCCCCAGUGUGACCAAGCCAGCAACAAACCUAGAUGGAGUCCAAGUCUCCACUACAGGCGGUUCGAAUCAAAAGACAAUCGAAGUGGGAGGCGUAACAGCGUCCGUUGACUGGAGCAACACCCCAGUCGUCUCCCUAUCAUGGAAGGGCACCGAGAAGCCCUUAUAUCGCGAUCUGCCACUUCGCUCCUAUGUCGCAGACUCCACCGGCAUCGCACACUACACAGAGCAUGACCGGGAUUGUCUUCACGUUGGACUUGGCGAGAAAAGAGCUCCCAUGGACCUCACAGGACGCCAUUUCCAGCUCUCGGCCACCGACAGCUUCGGAUACGAUGUUUACAACACCGAUCCUCUAUACAAGCACAUUCCUCUGCUGAUCAAGGCAUCCCCUGAUGGAUGCGUGGCCAUCUUCUCGACAACCCAUGGCAGAGGCACCUGGUCUGUCGGCUCGGAGGUCGAUGGCCUCUGGGGCCACUUCAAAGUCUACCGUCAAGACUACGGCGGAUUGGAGCAGUACCUCAUCGUCGGCAAGACGCUCAAGGAUGUCGUACGCUCCUACGCAGAGCUUGUCGGUCUUCCGAUCCUCGUCCCCAGAUGGGCAUAUGGGUACAUCUCAGGUGGAUACAAGUACACCAUGCUUGACGACCCGCCUGCUCACGAGGCAUUGAUGGAGUUCGCAGACAAGCUGGAAGAGCACGGCAUUCCCUGCUCCGCACACCAAAUGAGCUCCGGAUACUCGAUCGCCGAAACUGAGCCUAAGGUCCGCAAUGUCUUCACAUGGAACAAACAUCGCUUCCCCAACCCCGAAGAGUGGAUUGCCAAAUACCAUGGUCGGGGUAUCCGCCUUCUCUCCAACAUCAAGCCAUUCCUGCUCGCCUCACACCCCGACUUCCAGAAGCUCAUUGAUUCGAACGGGUUCUUCAAAGACCCUGCGAGCAAUAAGCCGGGCUAUAUGCGACUGUGGAGUGCCGGAGGCGCAACAGGAGGUGACGGAUGUCACAUCGACUUUUCCUCCGCUGUUGCGUUCAAGUGGUGGUAUGACGGUGUGCAGAGCCUGAAGCGCGCCGGAAUCGACGCCAUGUGGAACGACAACAACGAGUACACGCUUCCAGACGACGAUUGGAAGUUGGCAUUGGACGAGCCAACCGUCUCCGAGGCCGUCAAGAAGGGCGUCGAGAACUCUGUCGGACAGUGGGGUCGCGCCAUGCACACCGAACUCAUGGGCAAAGCUUCCCAUGACGCUCUGCUCAACAUUGAGCCCAACCACAGACCAUUCGUCCUGACUCGCAGUGCCACGGCAGGUACAAUGCGCUACGCCGCCAGCACCUGGAGCGGAGACAACGUGACUAGCUGGGAGGGCAUGAAGGGAGCGAACGCUCUGUCCCUCAGCGCAGGAAUCUCUCUUCUGCAGUGCUGCGGUCACGAUAUUGGGGGAUUCGAAGGACCUCAGCCUUCUCCUGAGCUGCUGCUCAGAUGGAUCCAACUGGGUAUCCACUCGCCUCGGUUCGCCAUCAACUGCUUCAAGACAUCUCCUGGAAACAGCUCCGUCGGAGACGUCAUCGAGCCGUGGAUGUACCCCGAGAUUACCCCUCUCGUCCGUGAUACCAUCAAGCGUCGCUACGAGAUCCUUCCUUACAUCUACUCCCUGGGUCUAGAAAGCCAUCUGACCGCGUCCCCGCCCCAGCGCUGGGUAGGAUGGGGCUAUGAAUCGGACCCGGAGGUAUGGACGAAGGCCCUGAAAUCAGGCGAUGAGCAGUUCUGGUUCGGUGACAACAUCAUGGUCGGCGGUGUCUACGAGCCAGGCGUCAGCAUUGCCAAUUUAUACCUUCCCCGUAAGGCGAAUGACAAGUUCGACUUUGGGUAUGUGAACAUGAACGAGCCUUAUAACUAUCUCGCCUCUGGACAAUGGGUGGAAGUGCCCUCCGAAUGGAGGAAGAGCAUUCCCCUUCUAGCCAGAAUCGGUGGUGCCAUCCCCGUCGGAAAGCCCGUUCAUACCAGGGUUCCUGGCGAUGACACUCCGGCUUCUGUGGCUGUGAAAGAGGUCGAUGAUUACCGUGGAGUCGAAAUCUUUCCGCCCCGUGGUAGUUCUCAUGGCCAGAUGUUCAGUACUACUUGGUUUGAAGAUGAUGGUAUCUCGCUUGAGGCGCGCAUCUCGGAGUAUACUAUCACGUAUAGUUCCACGGAGGAGAAGGUUAUUGUUGGAUUCUCUCGUGAUGAGAAGUCUGGGUUUGUUCCUGCUUGGAAAGAUCUUGAUAUCGUCCUUCAUAAUGGCGAUGAGAGACGCGUGGUGUCGGAUAUUGGGAAGACUGUGGAGUAUAAGGGUAAGGACUCUCGGGGACGGGUGGUUUAUACCUUGAAGAACUAGAUAGGGGAUGUUAUG